CUUCUCUAUCAAUCGUCGCGUAGAAGCCUAAGGAGAAAAGCUGAUUCAAAGAUUCAAAAUUUGAACUGCAGAGAGAGAGAGAGAAAGAGGCUAUGGCGACGACGGCGAAGAACAUGAAGGGUUUCUACAAGCAGACUAAGAGCAAUAUCACCGGAGGUAUCACCAAGUCCAAGCCUUCUUCCCGGAAAGCCGCUCCCAAACACGCGGCGGCCGCUCCCAAACACGCGGCGGCUCAGGGUUCUGAUGCGACGCAGCCCGCGGCAUUGAUCUCACACGGCUCCGUCGAUCUCAAUGAGGAUUAUGACAAGGAGGAGGAGAUGCUGAGACAAUUUGACAUGAACAUUGCUUAUGGUCCAUGCUUGGGUAUGGCUAGACUUGAUCGAUGGGAGCGUGCUCUGCGUCUAGGGAUGAAUCCUCCCAAUGAAAUUGAGAAGCUUUUGAAAACUGGGAAAGUUCAGCAAGACUGUCUGUGGCAAGGUCGUGUGUAGAUGAUGUUUUUUAAAUGUCACUUUAUCUAUGCCCUUGUAUGAUCCAGUAUGAGUUGUAAAACUUCUGUCUUUUGUUGUUUAUGGUUGAGAUGUUUAAUUCAGCCACUGGCUGGAUUCACCUCACAUGUUAGUGUGUCUUUCGAUGUUUCUAAUUCUAGUCUCAGGUGAUAAUGUUAAAACCUUUUUAAUGGAAAGCAAUCUUGUUUGUU